UUGAUUUUCCCUGAAAAUUACCAACUCCUGGACUCAGAAACUGAGAAAAGGGAGAAAGAUCCAGAAGGGGGAAGAAAGAGAGAGACAACAAGAGAGAAAGAAUGAAUUCAUCCAAAUCACCUGCAUUACCGUACCCAGAGAGAGAAUGCUUCUCUUCCCAGGUGUUUUUAUGGACUGUUGCUGGCAUCUCCAUCCUGUUUCUCAGUGCCUGUUUUAUCACCAGAUGUGUUGUAACAUAUCACAUCUUCCAAAUGUGUGAUGAGAAAAAGUUCCAGCUUCAAGAGAAUUUCACAGAGCUCUCCUGUGACAAUGAUGGAUCAGGUUCAGUCAAGAAUUGCUGUCCAUUGAACUGGAAACAUUUUCAAUCUAGCUGCUACUUCUUUUCUACUAACACUCUGACCUGGACAUCAAGUUUAAAAAACUGCUCGGCCAUGGGGGCUCACCUGGUGGUUAUCAACACACUGGAGGAACAGGAAUUCCUUUUCCACGUGAAACCUAACAACAAAGAGUUUUAUAUUGGAUUGACGGACCAGGUGGUGGAGGGUCAGUGGGAAUGGGUGGACGGCACACUUCUCACAGAAUCUCUGAGCUUCUGGGACGAAGGUGAGCCUAACAACAUACUUAGCCUGGAGGACUGUGCCACCAUAAGAGAUUCUUCCAAUCCAAGGAAAAAUUGGAAUGAUAUAUCCUGUUUCUUCAAUAUGUUUCGGAUUUGUGAAAUGCCAGAAACGUAUUUUGAACAAAGAAAAAUCUCUUAAGAACAAAAGGCACAACUUAACAUAUAAAGGACAAGGAAAAAGAGUGUGGCCAAAUCCACAACCCCAUUAUGAGAAAAGUAUACAAUGCACUUCAGAGGACUUUAUAAGUAUUUUUUACUCUGAUAAAAAUAAGUAGUUUUGCAUGUUAUUUAAUAUGAUUCAUAAUACUGACUGAAGUGCAUUUUUUCUCUACAUUAGUCUCAGGUCCUCUUCCCAGAGUCACUAGCAAAUGUCGUAAGAAGAAAGAAAUGCUCCUUUUGGUACAUUUGGUCAUUUUUGAGUAUUUAUAUGAAAGGACAGGGACAUAAAGCAAGUACAGAGUCCAGCAAAGAAGAGGAUUUUGGAAAUUGUCUUUGAACAGUCACCUGAAUUCGGCCUCUAUGUUAUCUUCUUUCUAGCUUUUGAAAAGUCUGCCUUCUCUUUUUGAUUUCAUGCUGUUUCUACAUCCUUCCCGGGCACAUAUCCUCUCUAACCUACCCUGUAUAAUGAGUAAAAAGCUCCUCAAGUCAUGGAAUUUAUUCCUGCUCAGAAGAUGGGUGUGGACUUCCUGGCCACAGGCCUUCACUGCAUCUCCUUGGGGAAGAACAUGCCGACCUUCAAGUCCAAACAGACUGCUAUCGAAUCCAUGCAUCCCUGGCACUAUCUUUGCUCUCUAUUCUCUUUGACUGAAUGACUGGAUCUCACCUGAAUUUGUAUCUAUUGCUCAGCUAGCACCAGAGUCCAAUAGUCAAAUUAUUUUAAGAGAACUUUCAGCUUCACACUUUCUUAUCUCAAACCUAUCUAGUUAUUGCAUAAUAUUGUAUCAAUAUGGAUAAUAAUAUAUAAAUAACAUGGCAGCUUUUACAACCGUGUUUCUUGCAUAAGAAACCCAUAAGGACACCCUCAAAAAUUCAUACAUUGGAAUUAAUGUAUAAUCAUUGAAUGGGAAAAUUCAACUGAACAAGUGAAUGUAAUAUAUUAGCUUUCUUUACAAAAGUUCAUUUCUGUUAGGCAUUGUGACAAUCUGGUUUUGAAAA